CAGACUCCGAGCACUAGCAGUAGCAGCAGGCGUCAAAGCAGAUUUGUAGACACAGACCUUCUCCAAUUCCAAGCAAUGGAGAGUUUCGUCCAGAAGCAUGUCGUUGGAGUUCCAUUGACUUCAUUUGCAUACGCCGAUGAGGAAAGACGAGGAAAACCUUCCUGUUCCGCCAUGGUUCAUAAGAAAAAUAAGAAGGGUUCCUUCAUUUGCUGGAUGAACAAACUGAGCCACAAAACAGAUAACUACAUGCAAGGGUUCAAAGAACACUUGUCUCUGGGACCAAAAGUUUCAGAAACUAUAAAAGGGAAACUGAGCUUCGGUGCGAAGGUUCUCCAAGCCGGCGGCAUCGAUAAAGUUUUCAGAGAAUACUUCGCAGUCGAGGAAGAUGAGAAGCUACUGAAGGCCUUCCAGUGCUAUCUUUCGACCACAGCCGGUCCGAUAGCCGGAAUGCUUUUCAUCUCAACUAAGAAGAUCGCUUUCCACAGCGAUAGGCCUUUGAAUCUCUUGUCUCCCAAAGGAGGCAGGACAAGGGUGCCUUACAAGGUGUUGAUCCCCACGAAGAGGAUAAAGAGUGCGUCGGUGCGGGGAAAUCUAUACAAUCCAGACGAGAAGUACAUUGAUGUAGUUACUGUUGACGGCUUCGAUUUUUGGUUCAUGGGCUUUGUCAGCUACGAGAAGUCAUUCAGGUAUCUUCAGAAUGCGAUUGUGGAGCUGAGAUGAUGCGCACGGUUUUGUAACCUGAAACAUCGUAGGUACCAUGUCGAUAUGGUAUAUGUACAUUGAAGAGAUAGAAUUGAUCAAUCACAUUGAUUGUGAAGCAAAGCUUUUACAAAUGCACUGUCGGUAGUUUUUUUACUAACCAACAAGUUAUCUUA